AUUGCAAUUGGAUUCUUGGUCCCUCCUGUUUUGGUACCCAACAUCGAAGACCGGGACAAGCUUGCCUACCACAUCAGCAUCAUGUUUUACAUAAUAGCAGGCGUGGCUACUCUGCUUUUCAUCCUUGUCAUCAUCGUAUUCAAGGAGAAGCCUAAACAUCCCCCGAGCAGGGCACAAUCUCUGAGCUAUGCCUUGGCGUCCUCUGAUGCAUCGUACUUAAGUUCCAUUGUCCGGCUCUUCAAAAACCUCAACUUUGUCCUGCUUGUCAUCACCUAUGGUCUCAAUGCUGGUGCUUUUUAUGCCUUGUCCACACUGCUGAAUCGCAUGGUGAUCUUGCACUACCCGGGGGAAGAAGUGAAUGCUGGAAGAAUCGGCCUGACCAUCGUCAUUGCAGGAAUGCUUGGGGCAGUGAUCUCAGGCAUCUGGCUGGAUAGGUCCAAAACCUACAAAGAGACAACCCUGGUGGUCUACAUCAUGACGGUAGUGGGCAUGGUGGUGUACACACUGACCUUGAACCUGGGAUACCUGUGGGUAGUGUUCAUCACCGCUGGCACAAUGGGCUUCUUCAUGACGGGCUACCUCCCGCUGGGAUUUGAGUUUGCUGUGGAGUUGACAUACCCAGAAUCGGAAGGCAUAUCGUCUGGCCUCCUGAAUGUAUCUGCCCAGGUGUUCGGGAUCAUCUUCACCAUCUCCCAGGGCCAAAUUAUUGACAACUACGGAACCAUGCCUGGGAACAUCUUUCUCUGUGUGUUCCUCACCCUUGGAGCAGCCCUCACUGCGUUCAUUAAGGCAGAUCUCCGGAGGCAGAAAGCAAACAAAGAAACUCCUGAGAAUAAGCUCCCGGAGGAGGAGGAGGAGGAGGAGGAGGAGGAGAGUAACACCAGCAAAGCGCCCACCACUAUGUCUGAGGAGCAGCUCUGAGAGGAAAAGGUGGUGGCGACUCAGGGAACCAGACAGCACUCCCCACCUCUUCCAUCAGCACCUACCGCCGACACAUAGGCCUUUGCCGCAGCAGC